UAGUGGCAGACGUCACGUCCGAGUGCUGGGGACGCAGAUCUGUGUGCUGUAAGAAGGAGGAGCGGGGAGAUUUGUGAAGGGGGGCUCAUAAAGUUUGCUCUAUGCUAAUUGUCAGACGUCCAUAACAAUCUGGGACAGAGCAAUGCAUAUGCGGAAGUGGCUGGUGUAGAGAGUGGAAGACAGUGACGUCAUUUGGGCGACAUUUACAAGAAUCAUUUUUGAGAGGCAAAGGUGUUAUAAUGGAUCAGCAGAAUAAAGAAACCUCAUCAGGAACCCAGUCAAGUAGGAAGACAUCUGGGUUUAAGAUUCCAAAGAAAAAGCCUGAAGAUUGGUGUGAGGACAUUCAAGCAUCCUCUCCAUUAUCGAAACUGCAAGAUGAUGACUUCAGAAAUGUAACUAUGCGAAGGGUACGUCAUUCGUCAUAUGAAGAAUAUAACUCCCAUGCAUAUAAUAGGAAUACUUUGAGGUUUGACAGGCAACCAAAAAUUAUCCUGAUGGAUAUCCUAAGAAGUGGUGAAGGGAAACAGGCUGCACAUAAAAAUAUUUCUGAUUCAGUUUCUUGUAAUGAUGGAAAUUUUCAGAUUAAUCCUGUUUCAUCAGCUUCCUAUAUACAACCCCCAGCAACAACAAAUGUGUGCUUGUCCAGGGCACCACGCAUUAGUUUCGAGCAGUACAGAGAAAGAGAAAUUGGUACCAAAAAUGGAGCACGUAGUCCAGCGAAUUGUAAAGAGCAAACGCAAGAGUACCCAUCUAGUAAAGUCUGUCGCGAUGUCAGCAAUACAUCAAUUUCUUUUGGACCAAGAAAAUAUAAUAGUCUUGACCAGGAAAGCCAAGGUGUAUCAAAAGUGCAUGAACAGAAGAGUGCUUUGAAGGGUAAUGAGAUUUCACAAGCCAGACGUGAAAGAACCUAUUGCUUAAAACGUGCCGAACACCAGAGCAAGAAAAUGUCACUUUCUCCUUCUUCAACUGAUCCAUCCAGCUCUUCCACUGAGUCGUUUACAGACCGCACUUUAUCCUGCACUUUGGAAUCACCAGGUAGAAAAGACAUUACUAGACAGAAAAUUAAAGAGACCGCUGAAGAAAAUAAAAAUUCUUCUGAUGAUGGAUGUUCUUCAGAUACCCAGAGAUUCCGUUCACAGUCUGUUGCUUACAGCAGAACAAGAAGUAAAGUAUUUGCUACCAGUGACAGUGUGGAAGCACCUCCAAUUGUACUGUCUAGUGAUGAAGACGAGUCUGCUCAGAAAGAAUCAAAACCAGGCUGUUCACAUACUGUGAGGAAAACAUCAGAGCAGAGAAAGAACCCAUGUCCUACUAAAGAUGUAGAGCCAAUGGAGCACUCUGGAAUUGUGGAGGAUGCCAAUAGUGCACCAGAACAGUCAGAUAGCCCUGUUCUGCAGUUAAAAUUACUCAACAUCUACUAUGGCAAAACGAGAGGAAGGGCAACUGAAUCGGCUAAGUUGACUGCAACAUCUAUUGAAAUUCCUUUUAAAGUGCCCCUGCACCCAAUUGCAUGUCUGUCAUUGGAGACAAGAAAGCUGCAGAAGUAUGGACUCUGGUUAACCAAAGGAAGUGAUUUUGGCAGAAGUAGUGCUAUUAUUAUUCUGUGGAUGACUCCCAACUAUGUGCCCAUCAUAGAGAGACAAAUGGAACUGUAUGCUAAAAACCAAGCCUCUAAAUCGAAUGAAUUUAUUUUUCUGGAGUUGGUGGAACCUUUUACAAGCAAAGAACAGUCUUUAAUGAGCGAAGUUAUGGUGGAAGCCAGCAAACAUGGUUCAUCCUCUCUCGCUGAAGCGUUUAGCUGGGAAGAAAUGUACUCCAUGCUUGAGUCCUUACCUGAAUGUUCCUUCAAGUCAAAUUGUUAUUCUGUUGGAUCUCAACCACCUGAGGCCAAGAAAGUAAAAUCCACUUAUAGACUUAUGCAAAAAUGGAGUGAUGGUCAGUUUUCUCUUUCUAUGGUACCUGAGAAUCAUGAUGUAUUGGGUGAAGCACAUAGAAGUGGAAUUCCUAUCAGGUUACUGGUUUAUCCUCCUCCCCCAACAAAAGGAGGCCUUGCUGUAAGUAAUGAAGAUUUGGAGUGUUUGGAACAUGGAGAGUUUCUCAAUGAUGUCAUCAUUGAUUUUUAUCUGAAAUACCUCAUGUUGGAGAUAUUCCCAAAACCUUUUGCUGACAGAUGUCAUGUAUUUAGUAGCUUUUUCUUUAAGUGCUUAACAAGAAAAGAAAACGGUUCAAGCGAUAACAAUCCAGACAAAUCAACGGCAGAGAGAAGGCAUCAAAGUGUGAAAAACUGGACUCGUCAUGUUGAUAUCUUUACAAAGGAUUUUAUCUUUGUACCAAUUAAUGAAAAUUCCCAUUGGUACCUUGCAGUGAUCUGUUUCCCCUGGCUGGAAAAAGCUGUGUAUGAGGACAAGAAAGAACAGGAUGUGGUUCCUUAUUCAAAAACAAAAGACCGUUCCAGCAGUGGUUCCGUUAUUGUAUUCAAUGACCGCUUGUCAAAGACAGAGGAAGCUGUAGAAGACAGCAACAGUGGAUCUGAAGGUUCUUGUAGUUCUGGACGCAGCUCUAAUAUAAAUUAUUCAAAACCAAAAGAAAGUCACAUUGGCAAAGUGUGUAAAAGGCCAUGCAUUCUGAUCUUUGAUUCUUUGACAACGGGAUCAGUGAGGACUACUGUACAAGUCUUGAGAGACUAUUUGAAGGUGGAGUGUCGAGUAAAAAAAAAAUUGCAACGGGAAUUCAGCAGGUCCUCUAUGAGAGAACUUAUUCCUAAAGUACCAAAGCAGAACAACAGCACAGACUGUGGCUUGUACCUCUUGCAAUAUGUAGAAAGCUUCUCUCAGAAACCAAUUGAGAACUUUGAGACUCCGUUGCAUUUGGAGAACUGGUUUCCCUCCUACGCAGUGAGAAAUAAGCGAGAAAAGAUCAGAGACUUAAUUCUUCGGCUACAUGUAGAACAAACAAAGAAGAGUUAAUAAAGAUUCCGUACAGCCUUGUUCUAUAACUAUUUACAUGAAUGACUGUUUCUUCUAAAAGAAGACUAUAGGAAGUCUCAUUCAGAUGGGUGUUGAUGCUGUAUCCUGGGAAUGGGUCAUUUGAUUGUGUGUCUAACUGCUGGCAGAUGUUGAGCACAGGCUGCCCAUUCAAUUUUACCAAGACACAGUGGCUGCAUGGAUUUGUCCUAAUGUGACAGGAGUGCAGAUGUGGGAGAGUGUCCUUGAAUGUACACGUCUGCAUUCAGGGCCAUUCUCCUGCACCUGUAGCAUUAGGACAGGCGGCUGUGCCCAUACGGCUGCUGCAUCCUAACAGACUUGAAUGGGCUGCCUGCAUGCAGCACCUGCUGGCUAGAGAUGCAUAAACAAAGGGGCUGUUCAGUGUGCAGAAAUUGGCACCCGUGUGAGCAAGGUUAACUAUGUUCUGAAACAUGUUGCCAUUAUUUAUAUUCUAGAUAUUUAAAUUAAAAUGUAAUGUAAAUAUUGAUAUUUUGUUUGUAAGUAAGCUGAAUACAUUUUUUUUUUACAUGUUCUAAUACUACGUCAAUAGUAAAUUUAUAAAGGGUUUCCCAACGGAUA